AUGAUGGCUUCUAAUGUUUUAUGUCUUUUCUAUGAUGGUGAAAUAUUUUAUGUUCUUUCAUCAAAAGGUUAUAUUAGUCAAUUUUAUAAAUCAUCUAAUGAUUUAACAGAUUAUCAAAAGUUAACUACAUUAAAUAUAAAUGAACUAUUUCAUAAUAUAAAAAUUCCUGAAUAUACAAAAAUUCCUGAUGAUUAUAUUCCAAUACGUGAUAAUGAACAAGAUAUUAUUGCAAUUGAUUUUAAUAAGUUUUUAAAUAAUAAAAAUAUAGAUUCAAUAUUAAAUUUAACUGAAAAUGAUUGGAAAAUAUUAAUUCAAUAUGGAAAAAUAAGUAAUAAAUUACAUGAAUUACGAAUAUUUGUUUCUCAUAUGAAAAAUAAUUCUAUAAAAAUUGAAAAAGAAAAAUUAAAAUUAAAUUUUAAUUUUAAAUAUUCAAAACAACGUGAUGAAAUUAUUUCAAAUAUUAUCAAAUUAAAAUUAAAUGAAACUGAUAAUUCAAUUGAAUUAUUAAAUCAAUUUCGUCAACAACUUCAUGAAAUAUCAGAUCAAGCUAAAAUUGAAGAAAUUCAAUAUUUAGAAUAUAUUAAUAUAAAUCUUCAUAAAAUUCGUCAAUAUUGGAAUAAUAUACAAAAUUUAAUACAUGAACAAGAAACAGGUUCUUAUACAAUUAAUGAUUUUACAUUUUCAUCAAAUCGUGCUAAUCGUGCAAAAAUAUUAACAACAAUUGAUGAUGAAUAUUCUGAUACAAUUGAUAUUUUAGAUCAUACAAAUGUUCCAUUAUUCGAAUGUGCUAUUUGUAUGGAACAAGGACCAUUUAUUCUUUGGUUAAAACAACCAAUCAAUCUUGACGAUACAACUAAUGAUUUUAUUAUUAAUUUUCCAUUAGAAGGAAAUAAAAACUUAAUUAAUUGUAUUGUUUCAAAUCCAGUUUGUGGUUAUUGUGCUAAAUCUUAUAUAAAUGCAACAACAAUAAAUAAUUCAAAUCAAUUAAUAACUCUUUAUCGAGAAUCAUGUACUGGUUUUAUUCCAUUAAAUUGGUCAAUAGAAUCGAAUAGAAAAUUUACAACUAAUAUACUUUAUCAAAUUUUAACAGGAUAUAAAAUUCUUCAUCAUAUUCAAAUGUUACUUUUAUCUAUAAUUGAUGAUUUUAAAUCAAAUUGGUUUAAUCAAAAAAUAAAAGAUUAUUUUAUUAAACAAAUUAUUGAAAAUAUUUUUACAACUGAUUCAUUUUCUGAAGAAGGUAAUCGAAUGAUAUUUAUUAAUGCAUUAAAAGAAAUUAUAAAAAAAGAAGAUAAAUUAUUACAACAACCAUUUAAUGCUGUUUGUAGAAUUUUAAAUUUUAAUUAUAUUUUUCAUCAAAUUAAUAAAGAAAUUCUUAUAAUAAUUUUAAGAAAACGUUUUUUUCUUAUGUGUAUUGAAAAUCAAUGUUCAAAAACAAAAUUUAGUCCUGAAUAUUUGUUUAUUAUUAAACAAGAUUUAUAUGAUAUUCUUUUUGAUACAUUAUGUGGAAUUCCUCGUCAAAAUUCAUUAAAAAAAAUUGAUAUUAAUAAUGAAAAAUUAAAAAAAUUUUUAGAUAAAUCUUAUGAUAGUGUUAUGAAAUCUAUUGAUAAAUUUGUUGAAAAUCUCGAUAUUGAUCAUUUAACAGUACUUCCAAAAGAAACCAUUUCAUUUAUUCUAUAUCUUUUAACAACUAUACGUGAACAUGAUCGACCUAUGAAAUUAUAUACUAAUUUUACUUUAAAAUAUCAAUCAGUUCGUGAAAAUAUGCAAAUCGAAUGGUCAAAUUUUGAAAAGAAAGUAAACGAAAAUGUUUUUGGUUAUUAUCAUUCAAAAGCUGCAACAGCUAUAGCUGGUUAUGCAAUUAAUCUUGGAAAGUUUUCUUGUUCAAGUAAAUUAUUUUUCAAUACAGAACCAUUAUGGAGACAUGAUAUUGAUAAUAAACGUAUUAAUAUAACAAUAUUAAUGAAUGAAAUAAAAGAAAAUUUCAAUAAUAAAAUGAAAGAUUAUUAUGGAAAUGUUGAACCAAAUAAUUCAAGUGCACAUUUUCUUUUACAUAAGACUGUUGCUAAUGUACUUGAAACAAAAUAUUCUAAUGAUGAAUUAAUAAAUGACUAUAUGAUUAUGGAUUGUAUGAUUGAUAUUGGUCAAACUGCAGGAAGAAAAGGAAAUAUUUAUGCUGAUGAUGUUUUUCUAAAGAUUGUUUUAACAAUUGAACAUUAUUUAAAAUUUCGUAAAACAACAAAAAAUAUGAUAAAAAUUGAUAAUGAAAUGUUAUCACGUUCAUAUGAAUAUAAAAUUCGUGCAGAAUUAAUUGCUAGUGGAAUGGAAUAUGAUGAAAAUACAAAUGAAAUUUUAUUUGAAUCAUCAAAAUUAAAAAUUCCACAUAUGAUUGAAUUAGACAAAAAUAAAAUUAAUUUUAAUGAAUUAAAAAAACGUGUUCAAGAACUUUACAUAGCUUCAAAAACCAAUUCAAAUAAAGAUAUCAACCAAACAUGUUUGAAUAUUGAAAUAAAAGAUUUUAUUGAAUUUGGCUAUCAAAUGAAUGCUGAUGAUCUUUUACCUAUAUGGGCACAGUACGUAUACGAUUUAUAG